AUUGUUUUGUUUUCUUUUUUAUUACUACGUCGCCAUUUUGGAAACCCUUCAACCCCAUGACAUCAUAAAAGCAUGUUUCUUCCGUCCUACGCUGUGCAUGUAGCUCCUGCUGCUGAAUGUUAACUGUAGCGUAGACAAAGCAACCAACUAAUUGCCCCUUUAGAGCAAUGAAAUGUGAUGCAUUUAACUGUUUAGUUACCAAAACUGAUAGGAACUGACCUCAGGGCAUUCAGAUAUGAUGCUGACAAGAAUUGGAUCUAUUGUCUACUUGCAAAAAUUAAGCAAAUGGAUGAAUCGGAUCAAGUUUGCCUCACUUGGAAUGGACACAGGUGCAUUGAUUGAUUGAACAUUAAUUAGGGUGGAAAAUAAAAUAAAUCAAAAAUCAAAGAGUCCACCCAUGGCUCUCAGUAGCUUUGUAGGUGGGUUUUAAAAAAGGACUAGCUCUCAAGCAGAAUUUCAGUCUGCUAACAUGGACAGUGAGGAAAACUGCUCCCAUAACGGUGAUGAAAGAUGCUUGGGGAAUUGCAAGUUUACAGAAGACUACAAAAAACAAGAAGCAAAGGGAUCAUGUUUAAAAAUUAUGGGACAGGAUGGUUAUGUGUUUAAAUCAUACAGCCUUACACUUCAUGAGGCCACAGAUGCAAAGCCUGCUUCCUAUUCCUCAGGGACAUUGGCUGAAGAACCACCUUCAGGGUUUUCUGCCCUUGACAGUAAGUCAGGAGGCUUGUCUUCUCAGGUUGAUGGACAUUCAUCAGAAUCUCCAACAUCAGGCGAACAGUCCUCUCAGAGGGAGAUGUGCAACAAAGAGGAUUGUCCCAUUUCUCCAUCCAUUUCAAAACAAAGUCCGGAGGCUGAGGCAAACUGCAUUGUUGAAAAGAUAAAAAUAGAGCCAGAAAGUGAAAUCGAUGCACAUAUUAAAGAGGAGGAAACAGAUUUCAGGGAUAAAGCAGUUCAAGAUGAUGAAAAUGUAUCCUUUGACAACUCAGUAGCCCCCUUUGCCACUAGAUAUGAUGAUUAUAGCAACUUGCUUAGUGGUUAUACUAGUACUCUUUAUGACGUUGCAAUGGAUGCUGUGACACAGAGUCUUAUAUCAUCAAUAAGAAAUCCUGUUAGUCCUCGAAAGAAGUCUCCUGCUUGGAACCAUUUCUGCAUAUCUCCACGAGAUAGCACCAAAGCAAUCUGCUUGUAUUGUAUGAAAGAGUUCAGUCGGGGUAAGAAUGAAAGAGACCUCAGCACCAGUUGUCUGAUGCGGCAUGUGCGAAGGGCUCACCCCACUGUGCUUUUACAGGACAGUGAGCUUCCCUCCAGCACUUCAGUUAACUCUGUUGUCUCGUCCUUAAUACCUCCCACAAACCCACAAAAUGACAAAGAUCUGGCAGAGAACGCAACACCCACUUUGCAAAAAAAUACUUUACCAUCAGACCCAUCUGCAGAUAGCGCAGAGGUCUCGUCCAAAGAAGUGCUCCGAAUUACACCAAAGGUGGAGGAGUCUCCCAAACACCAUGCCCUCACGGACUCUAACUUGCAUUCUAGCAGCGAAUGUUACGAUGAUGGUGUGGAAGGAGCAUCUGAGCGCAUCCUUGCAAAUCCUAAAAACCCAAGCUCUCGGAGGAGGUCAGCAGUGUGGAAACACUUUUAUCUUUCCCCCACAGACAGCUCCAAGGCUGUUUGUGUGCACUGCAUGAAUGAAUUCAGCAGGGGAAAGAACGGUAAAGAUCUGGGAACAAGUUGUUUGAUACGUCAUAUGUGGCGGGCCCACCGAGACAUUGUCAUUGAGGAAAACCAACAGGGCUACAGCAUUCCACCGCCUUAUACUAACUCUCCAACUCUUCUGUCACACAUGAAGUUGCAGGAGGAAGAAGAGUUUAAAAAAGAGCCCUCCUCCAUUUCAUCAUCUCCUAAAGCAAUGUCGGAUGGGGUUCCCCAGUGUCUUAAUGAGGACAUUGAUGUCAACGAGGACUCAAACCAUGCAUUAUAUCAGUCAGGGCAAGAGUCUUCCCUUGACAUGUCAGUGACUAUAGGACUAGCGGGUGAAGGAGAGCUGCCUCGCACCUCCUCGCCUGAUGGUCUCCCUGAAGUCCCAGCGCUAAACAAAGAAAUUAUUUCGGUUUUCCAACAAAACAAGAAAAUCAUGAAGCGGGUAAAGUCAGAAGUGUGGCACCAUUUCAUUGUUUCCCCAGUAGACCAGCUCAAAGCACUGUGUCGGUACUGUUCUUGUGCAAUCAGCCGUGGGAAGCGUGGUGACUUUGGAACCAGCUGCUUGAUGAGACAUCUGGUGAGACGGCAUCCUGAUGUCCUGAAGAGCCAAAAAAGCAUGAAUGACAAUGCCUCCUCACCUCAGUCACCAAAUGUCAUCAGUACCGGGGAAGCACCAUCAGAAAAUUUAUCUGAUACCCCUCUCAUUGAGAAAAAACUUCACACAGUCCCAGUUUUUAGCAAAAAGACUUCAAAGCUGUGGAAUCACUUUUCCAUUAGUGCCACAGAUCCCACAAAGGUUGUUUGUUUGCACUGUAGCCGCACAAUAAGCAGAGGUAAAAAGACUACGAACCUUGGCACCAGUUGCUUAUUUAGGCACAUGCAGAGAUUUCAUGGACAUGCUCUAGAAAAAAACAACAGCAAUGUCUCAGGUGUUUCCUCUUCUGAAGUACAAACAAGAACUGAUGAAGUAAAACAAGGACUAAUGGACACAUCCUCUUAUGAAGAAAAUGUUGAAAGAUUUGAUGAGUCCCACCCAGUUGCCAAAAAAAUAACUAAACUUGUUGCUGAAAUGCUUGCACUGGAUCUACAGCCCGCUGCUCUAGUAGAGAAUGUGGGUCUCAACCGGUUACUAGAAUACCUGCAACCACAGUAUUCACUCCCCUCAUCUUCCUACUUUACCAGCACUGCCAUACCGGAAAUGUACAAGAGUGUGAAAGAUGUUGUCAUCACGCACCUUAAAGAGGCCGAGAGUGGCAUUAUCCAUUUCACUACAAGUGUCUGGGUCAACAGCCAGACACAGGAGUACCUGACCCUGACGGCACACUGGGUCACUUAUGAGUCAUGCAUACGAUCUCAAGGCCAAGACUUCCACUGCUCCGCUGUCCUUAGCAUUUCUCCAAUUGACUGUGACUACAGUAUGCUCAAUAUUCAGAAGGAGCUGGAAUACCUCUGGGACACUUGGAUUAAUUCUUCAGGGCUGAAAAUUGGGUUCACUGUAACAGAUAAUCAGAGCAUUGGAAACGUCUUGGAUGAUAAUGAUCACAUCGCUGUGCAUUGUUUUGAACACUCCGUAGACCUCAUUGUAACUGAAGCCAUAAAGAGUCAGAGGAUGGUUCAGAACCUGUUGAGUAUUGCUCGUAAAAUCUGUGAGCGUGUUCACCGCACAGCGAAAGCAAAAGAGAAAUUGAUGGAGCUUCAAAGGGAAUAUCACUUACCAGAAAACCAGCUGGUCCAGGACAUUCCCUCCAAGUGGAAAACGUCCCUUUACAUGCUUGAACGUUUAGUGGAACAAAAAAAAGCCAUUGAUGAGAUGUCAGUUGAGUGCAAUUUCAGGGAAUUAAUCAGCUAUGACCAGUGGGAAGUGAUGCAGUCUGUGUGCAAUGCUUUAAAGCCUUUUGAGGUUGCCUGCAGGGAGAUGAGCAAUCGGACUGCUACGUUAGGCCAAGUAAUUCCGCUCAUCCACAUUCUCAACCGAAAAAUAGACUUGCUUUUUGAUGAGACUAUGGGCAUUGACAACAUGCUCAAGUCUCUGAAGGAAGCUAUGAUGAGCCGAAUGUCCUCAACACUUCAUGACCCAAGGUACAUGUGGGCAACAAUGUUGGACCCUCGCUACAAGACCUCACUGUUCACAGAGGGGGAGGCAGAGCAGUGCAAACAAGACAUCAUACAAGAAAUUGACACAAUAUCUACCUCAGCCAAGAAAACGCAUUUGCUUUCCAAUGGAUGUAGUGAGAUCCGUCCUCCACCAAACAGCAUUCUGAGUAAUAAGGACAACCUCUGGGCCCUCAUGGAUGACAUCAGGACCAAGAUCAAACAAGAAGAGCGACCUAAAUCAUCGGAGCUGGCAGUGCUAGAGUAUCUUGAAGAAGAGAUACUCGAUCAAAGCUGUGAUCCUCUGGAUUAUUGGAACCUGAAGAAGUUCCUGUGGCCAGACCUUGCCAAAGUAGCUGUUCGGCAUGUGGGUUGCCCCCCUAGCGUUGUCCCAGCAGAUACCCUGUUUUUCACAGCGAGUAUAAACUCUGCCCAGAUUCAGUCAAGGCCACUGCUGGAAAAUCUGGAGGAACUAAUCUUUUUAAAGGUCAAUCUUCCCCUGAUAUAUUUUCAGUACUAAAAAGGAUGAGUUUCACAGUGCUCAACUUGGCCCAGUCUAGGAAUAAUUCACAGCCAAGUCUAUGAAUUAUUCCUAAUGUGUCAAUACACUGAAGAUAUUUUGAUCUUAUUGGCUCAGGUACAUCACACAAAGUUUGGACCAGUAACAAAUCAGAUUAGUUCUUAGAAUAUAUUUUGUGCAUACUACUGUUUAACACUUGAACUGGAGGAAGCCUAUGACCCAGUAAAUUGAGUUUAUCACAGGAGGGAGAGUGUAGCUAUUCAUAUAUGAAUUGAUUUAUUGCUGUUUUUUUUUUUUUGUUGUAAAGCUAUUUUUUCCCUUCUUGUGCCUUAUGCAAAUGACUUCAGGUCAAAAUACACAGUACUUGACUAAUGCUCAACCAUGUUGUAGACUUCAAAUGUAUGCGAUUAUGAUAAGAUCUCGAUACUGAAUUAUGUUUUUUAUACAAGUGACAAACAAAACAAAAACCGGAUUUUUUAAAUUGUGAAAUUGUUAGUUAUGGUGCUGUCCGAGAGGUAGUUUUCUUUUUAACUUCUUGAAACUAUCUCUAAAUAGACUAUGAAUUAGUGCUGUAUUUACAAUUGAAGCAAUCUGUUUUAAGAUAUUUUUUCUUAAGCACAUUUUUUCUUAAGCACAUGCUCCAAAACGAUUAGUCUUCUGAGGGAUUAAAUUAUUGGUCACUGUUGAGUGAAAUGACACUGUACAUUUAUGAAUUCUGUUCAGAAUGUCAUGCUUGUGUAAGGAUUAAGACUGGAAUUAUGCUAAUGCUGUACCUUGUAAAUAAAAAACAUUUUCCUUGGAUGUAUAUAUUGUCUUUCACAUAAAAAAUAGGCUGUAUGUUGAUGUGCGUGUGAUCCAUGCCUUUUACCUUGUGAGAAAUGGUGGGCUAGAACUCUGUAAAAUUAGUUUUUUUUAAAUGGGGGACUACAGCAAUGGAUUGCUGGCCUGUCUCACUUUCUGUGGGGAAGAAACUGAACCAGAAGGUGGUUAGAUAGAAUAAAUCCUGUACUUGUGUCCUCAGUUGCCUCAGCCAGAUGAAUCAGAGAUUAUCCCAGGAUAAAAUGUCAGACUGGGGGGGGGGGGUCUGAGUAAGAGUACCCUUUCCCACCCCACACCAUCCGCUGUCUUGGGCCAUACCAUGUCUGUGCUUCUGCCUUAUUGCUGUCCAUUUGCUUGAGAAGCAUAUAAUGUGCAUUGACAUUGAAAAGAUAUAUAAAGUUUUGUUUCCCCAAUA